AAGCUCAAAAGACCCUAGUAUUUGUUCCUUUUUUGCUAAAGACACAAUUCCAAAUGCACUGAUGGAGAAAAGAUAGCUUUUUAAUACCUUCACUUGUCUUCUAGUACAUUGAAACUCUCCAUCGCCAACGAUGUUACCAUAUAUCGAUACCCGUAAGGCUCUACUUGAAGGAUAUGUGACGUAGGCUGCUGACAUACCUAUGCAGCUUUUACAUAUGCCGCAGGCAUUCUGGGGGCUACGACCGAUGAAUGUAUGUAUUAAAGCCAGCGAUAUGGGCUUCAUAUUCAGGAUUUGAACUCAAUUCUAAUAUCAGACAGUGAAACUCAUCACUUCCUUCCUCCUGUCGUAUCCCUUUGCGGGACUCUUGAAACGACUUCCAGACUCAAAGCCUGCUUUAAAGAAUCUCUUCAUUAUUGGGUGCGUAAAUUACCUAUAUAGCACAUUUCUAUCUAUUUUUACUAAUGGAUCUGCUCCCAGGAUUUCCUCAUUUUACCUUCUUGGACUCUUCGACUUAUGGGCUGGUACAAGGACACUGGCCGUCAGCUCUAUCGGGGCAUACUGCAUCGCAAAGUAUGUGCAAGGUCCUUUUAUGCCAUGGAUUGGCUUUGUAUUUUUGAUGGGACAUUUGUCAGUGAACCAGCUGGCCCGACAAUUCGUUAAUGAUCCGGGACUUGUGGAUAUUACUGGGGCUCAAAUGGUUUUGGUUAUGAAGCUCUCUGCAUUCUGCUGGAACGUUGCAGACGGUCGACAACCAGAAGGGGAAUUGUCAGAGUUUCAAAAAGAAAGGGCAAUCAGACAACUUCCAAGCUUACUGGAUUACGCUGGAUAUGUCCUCUUCUUUCCAUCUCUCUUCGCAGGUCCGGCAUUCGACUAUGUCGAUUAUAAGCAGUGGAUUACAACCACAAUGUUCGAGGUCCCUGCUGGUGUCGAUCCUUCAAAGAAAGCUCCAACUCGGAAGUUAAGAAAAAUCCCAAGGAGUGCUACUCCCGCAAUGUGGAAAGCAGCUGCUGGUUUGUCUUGGAUCCUUCUUUUCUUAAAGCUCUCGGCAUGGUACUGGCCUGAUCUCUUGAUUGGGGAUGAAUACAUGACUUAUGGUUUUGCUCGUCGUGUGUUUGUACUUCACAUGGUCGGUAUGACUGCCCGAUUGAAGUAUUAUGGUGUAUGGGCAUUGACCGAAGGUGCAUGCAUCCUCUCAGGUCUUGGGUACAAGGGUAUCGACCCCGUUACUGGCAAAGUCUCUUGGGACAGACUUCGCAAUGUUGACCCAUGGGGAGUUGAAACAGCCCAAAAUACUCGCGCAUAUCUUGGGAACUGGAAUAUAAACACAAAUAAUUGGCUUCGAAACUAUAUUUAUCUUCGAGUUACUCCUAAGGGUAAAAAGCCUGGUUUCAGAGCUAGUAUGGCAACUUUCGUAACCAGUGCUUUCUGGCAUGGAUUCUUUCCUGGUUAUUAUCUUGCGUUCAUUUUGGCCAGCUUCAUCCAAACGGUUGCAAAGAGUAUGUUCUCUUUCCCCUACAUUGAUUCCGUGACUAAAAUCCAUCUAGACUUCCGACGAUGUUUCCGCCCCCUUUUCAUCGAUCCCCAAACAUCACAACCCACAUCUCAAAAACUUUACUAUGACAUUUUCUCCUGGCUAGCCACUCAACUCGCGUUCUCCUUCACAGUUGCUCCAUUUAUACUUCUCACUCUCCCCGCUUCAUUCCUCGUUUGGUCACGCGUCUAUUUCUACGCUGUCAUCGGCACCGUCAUUUCAACCGUCUUCUUUGCUUCGCCUGCUAAACGCCAUUUGAUGAAGAUGGUAAGUGAGAGAACUAGCAAGGCAAACGAAGGGUUGAAGCGUUCGGCCAGUAUGGAAAGUUUGAAUGGUAAGGAGCCAGUUCUGGGUUUACCAGCUGAUCCAUCGAAAGAUUUUGACGAGGCGAUUGAGGAGGCGAUGGCAGAGAUUCAGGCGAGGAAGAGAAAGGGGAAGGUAGAGUUGAAAUAAGAGAUCGUAGAAGGGUGUAAGGAUGGGUAUCUGUGCAAUUCCUGAGACCCUACGGAUGUAUAGAUGUUAGACAGCAGAAUCAAUAUACCUUGCGUUGCACAUUACGAGAUAUUCACAAUG